AGUAGUUUCAGUUGACAACAAAAGACGUUUACCGCAUAAGCGAGGUUUUAGAAGGAAUAUCCAUGAGGUAUCGAUAAAGUGUAUAUUAUUGACUUGGCGUGAAUUAAACUAUUAAUUAGUGUAGAGGUCCUAUGUGAAUUAUGAAGAGACGAAAUGUUGAGAUUGGUAAGAUGAGACGACCCAUAAAAAGGAACAAAAUUACUGAAGGGAUUUACGGAAGCACUCUCCUCUAUCUCAAGUUUUUAUCCCUUUGGGCUUUGGUUAUAUUAGCUGAUUUCAUCUUGGAGUUUCGUUUCGAGUUCUUAUGGCCAUUUUACCUGUUGCUGCGUAGCGUGUACGACAGCUUCAAAUACCAGGGGCUGGCAUUUUCAAUUUUCUUUGUUUGUAUAGCUCUGACAUCAGAUAUGUUGUGUUUUUUCUUCAUACCUGUUCAUUGGUUGUUUUUUGCUGCCAGUACUUACGUCUGGGUACAAUAUGUUUGGCACACAGAUAAAGGUAUUUGUGCCCCUACCAUAGUACUCUGGAUGCUUUUUGUCUAUUUGGAAACAGCCGUGCGACUUCGCGACAUAAAGCAUAUGCCUGGCCAUUUGGACUUGUGUAGACCUUUCGCAGCACAUUGCAUAGGCUACCCUGUUGUUACUCUUGGCUUUGGCUUCAAAUCAUAUAUUGGCUUCCGAAUGAGGCAGCGAAAACAGCGUGAUGUGGCGAAAGAAAACGAGUUCUAUAUGCAGCUUAUUCAGCAAGCGCUGCCAAAUGAUACUCUAACUCAAAAUACUGAGCCUGUUGAAAAUUCAAUUGUACCUGUUAUCUCUCCUGUACAAAAUAAUACUAAGAAUAUUCAUAAUAAUCGUCUUUCACACCAUGAAAAAAACAGUCAUAUUUCAAAUGGUCACAUAGCCAAUGGUGUUCACAAUAACAGCCAUGGUAAAUCACACAGAAAAUCUUUAGAUAAGAGCAAAAACGAUGUAAAUGAUCAUGAACAAAGUAAAAUUAGCGAUAAGCAUGACAAACACAUAGAUCGACAGCAAAAGCAACAAGUCAAUCAUUCGCACACUAAUGGUUCAGCUGUGGGGGCCGGAGCUGAAGAAAACACCCAUCACCACUCUCCAUCGGAGACUGAGUCCAAACCUGCCCCACGAAAACGGGAGAAGAGGGAACAGGAUAAGGAUCGUGAAGCAGCUGAAUAUUUACAGCGAGUGGAAACAGAGUCCAGGAGGUUAAGAAGUGAUUUACAAAGUAGUAGGGCUAGUGAACAGGAACUCAGGUUGCAGGUGGCUACUCUUACAACUAGUGAAAAAGUAUUAAAGGGUGAAAUCUCGGCCCUCCAACGUGAAGUGGAGGAGUUACAACAGAGAUUGCAGAAUGUACAAAGCAGUCGAACGACAGAAAAACAGAAUUUAGCCAGCCUGGAAAGACGGCUGGCAGAAGAAAGGAGGCUGAGGUCUAAUCUUGAGACCCAACUUAAUCAAGAGAGGAAAAGUAGAAAGCAGGAGGAAGCUAGAGCUGCACAGGUGGCUGCUCAAACUUCCCGAGAAUGCACAGAACAGUGCAAAACGAGGCGUCGCGAGCUGGAAAACGAACUGACUGAUUGUAGGUCAGCGAUGCACUGGGCUGAAGAUAAGUACAAGCAAAUAGAUAGAGAAAAUGUACUCUUGGUAGAACAGUUGCGCGAUACUGACAUACUUAUGUCAGCGUUAUCUGCGAUGCAAGAAAAAAACACACAUUUGGAAAAUUCUCUUUCUGCAGAAACCAGAAUCAAAUUGGACUUGUUCAGUGCUCUAGGCGAAGCGAAACGACAGGUUGAAAUCAGGGAAAGCGCAAAUCGAGCGCAAGAGAAAGAAAUCGAAGAGUUAAAGAGUAAAAUAGCCCAGGUUUUAGCAGUUAUGCCAAAUGACACAUUUGGCGGUCCCACCUCUACAACAAAUCACUCAAGAGUUCGUCUGGCCGAGAGUCCUCCUGGUUCUACUCUAGAUCCCAACGCUACGGCUUAUACCCCUAAGGGGUCGCUGGUGGCAUCCACAGAAUCAUGAAAACGCCCUAAAAUCGUUGCCCAUCGUUACUAUUUGAAACACACAAACACCUGAUUCGAUAAUGAUGUGAAUUAUCAUUAAUACGAGUUGUUUGAUUUAGGCAGUCAGUGUUUCUGAUCUUUUUGUUAGCUGUUAUUUUAUUCCUCAGUUCUUUGUUUUUCAGUAUUAUUAUUCAGAGCGUCGCAUCUUUUAAAUUUUAUCAAAGAAAAUUAAUAAUUACGUUUUUCAAUAUAGAUUAUAUGCAGUUUAUUGUUUUUUAUUGUUAUCCUCUUAGGAGUAUAUAAAUUUAAAAUUUGUUGUAUUCACUAAAAAUGAACAUUCAACUGAAGGUUUUGUUGUUUCUUAUUCAUCUAUAUUUCUGUUUUAUUAAUCAUUCAAAAUUCAAUAUCAAUAAUUAUGUAUUGUAAAAAAUAAUAUAUACAAUUUGAGCCACAUAUUGAAUAAUAUUAGGAACCAGUGUAAAUGUUCUAUGAAUCGAAAUUUAAAAAAUAUUUGAUGGCAUAUUUUUCUGUCGAAAUUUUCAUUUCUGUAAAGGAUUUGAUUCCUCAAUUUUUAUUUAUUGACAAAACUGAACGAAAAUCUGAGAAUAGAAACGCUGGCUGUCGAAAAUUUUGAUUUUGUAUUAGCUUCUUUGAUAGCUUAUUUAAUGUGAUAUAAUUUAUGACUUUUUGGUACCUUAUCUGUGAGAAUUAUCCCUCUAAUUGGAUUUUUUCUUUAUAUUGUUAAGCACAAAGGUACUGAUUUUCUUCUUUUAACAUAUGGCUCACUAUAUUGGCUGAACAAUGAUCUCUUAAAAAAAUUUUGUUACAUUUUUUUCUCCAAUAUGCCUUAUGUCUUAGGUAUUAGGUUUAUACUCGCUUACUUAAAGAACAUGCGAGUUUAACUAGUGUCCAACUAAAUAGUGUUCAUUUCUUGUAAGUUUCAUUAAAAUGCAGUUCACCUUGAUUUCUUCUAUUACAAUUUGCCAUUGAAUGGAUAAAUUUUAAUUUUUGCAGAUCAGAUAUUAUUGAAAUAAGACACAUAUUGGCCAUUACAGUGGAAUGUCCAUUUGAAUAAAAUAAAUGAGGAAAUUCUAUGAAACAUUUUUUUAAUCUAUACGGGGUGUUUGGAGGAACAUUGAACAUACGAAAUGAAAGGUAGGUGAGGUCGUCUGCUACCUACUCAGCCCCAAGUUUUUCUUAAUGCAACCCCAAGUUGAGGUUUGAAAUUUUUAGUAUUUCUUUUCUGAGAAUAUUUUUUUUAUUCGAAUCUCAAUGGCUGCUAUGUCUUUUUAAAAUUAAUAUUCGUUGCAGGUUAUUGCUAUAAACAAAUUCAUGGAGACCGCCAAAUUAAAAAAAAUUGACAAAAAUCUUAAACAUCAACUCGCUUUAUAUUCAAAAUUC